GUAAAAUUGAAAUUAGUUCUAUUUGUGAUGCUCAACGUGCUGCCACAAGGGUUUCUACAGUUGCCCUCUGUGUAUGGAAAGAUUUAUCCAAAGGCCUGUUCUGAAGAAAAACACUCUGUUGGCUGACUUCUGAAUCUGAAGACAGGACUCCAACCUGCUCCUCCAGCUCACUGUUAUGCUGAUUUUGGCGAUGUGGAGUGUGAUUUUUGUUCUGGGAGAAAACUCAAAGCUGUCAAAUCCUGUCUGGUGUGUCUGGCCUCUUGCUGUGAGACUCACCUCAAGCCUCACUAUGAAUCUCCUACCUUUAAGAAGCACCACUUGGUCCAAGCCACCACACAGCUACAGGAGAAGAUCUGCUCUCGUCAUGUUAAACUAUUAGAGGUUUAUUGCCAGUCCGAUCAGCAGUUUAUCUGUUAUCAGUGUUUGUUAGAUGAACAUGAAGGCCAUGAAACAGUCUCAGUGGCAGCAGAAAGGAUUGCGAAACAGAGAGAGUUGGGGGAGACAUUCCAGCAGAGGAUCCAAGGGAUAAAGAAGGAGAAGAAUAAAAGUAAGAAAGGCUAUGAAGUCACUCAAGCGAUCUACAUAGGGUGCGGUGAAGAACAGUGAAAGUAUCUUUACUAACAUGAUCUGUUCCAUUGAGAAAAGGCAUUCUGAGGUGAAGAAGCUGAUCAUAGCCCGGGAGAGGGCUGAAGGGAUUCAUGUUGAAGAGCGAUUGGUGCGACUGGAGCAGGACGUGGUUGAGCUGAGGAGGAGAGGCAAUGAGCUGGAGGAAACUGAGGAUCACAUCCAUUUCCUCCAGGCUGUCCAGUCUCUCCGUGUCACUCCUGCAUCUGAAGCCUUACCUAGCACUGUCGACCAACAUGUCUCCUUUGAAGAUGUGAAGAAAUCAGUCUCCGGACUAAAAGAACGACUGGAGGAUGUAUUGGAGGAGGACAUGGCCAAGAUAUCUGGAAAUUAUCAGCUCACAUUGGAUCCCAACACAGCACAUAACAAACUGUAUCUGUCGGUGGGGAACAGAGAUGUUAAAUGGGACCAGUGUCAGUUGUUGGAAUAUCCUGACCAUCCAGACAGAUUUACCUUCUACCCCCAGGUGCCGUGUAGGGAGGGUCUGUCUGGAGCCUGCUACUGGGAGGUACACUGGGACGGGGAUGGGUCAGUUUGUAUAGCCGUCUCAUAUAAAGGGAUCAGCAGAAAAGACAGAGGCAGUUUGUUUGGGAAGAAUGAUCAAUCCUGGUGUUUAAUCUGCUCUGACUAUAGCUGCACCUUCUACCACAAUGAUAAACAGACUGAUAUCCCUGUCCCCUGCUCUUCCAGAGUAGGAGUGUACCUGGACCACAAGGAAGGAACUCUGUCCUUCUAUGGUGUUUCUGACACAAUGACCCUCCUCCAUAGAGUCCAGACCACAUUCACUCAGCUCCUUUAUGCUGGGUUUGGGUGUAGGCCUGGUAAUUGGACGCAGUUUUAAACUUUGAUAAUAACAUAGACCAGCAUCUUGUGAUCUGGAAAUAUUAUCUGACAUUGUUUAUCCAUUUAUUUAUCUUGUCUAAUUGUAUCCACUGCAUGUGUGACAUUUAUCACUCUGGGUAAAUGAAUUUGUGCUUAAUGAAACUGAUGUUGUCUUUGUAUCCUUUUAUUUGUGUAAAUUGUUGAGGAUUUUCUGAAUCCGGAUUUUUCCUGGGUUGUUGUGCUUGUAAAAUAAUUAUUAAGUGAGGUCAGUAGUCCCUUCACCAAGAACAAAACGUAACAGCUGUAUAAUUUGUAAGUAAUUAUUACAAUGAGGCUUCAGCAAAACAGAGUCGUGUUAAUAUUAACUUGAGGGAGAUAUACUAUUAAAGAAUUAGGAAUUAGAGUACUUUUUUAUGAUGGGAUAAAGGUCAGCCAUUUUGGUCAGGGAGUUGUGCUGUGAUAAGAUAUCAGCUUAAUUCACUAACAUGUACUGAGAAAAUAUAUUAUGUUACUUGUUUUCUUGUUAUUCGUGUUCAAUAUUUCCAUUCUGGGAUAGUUGUUCACUGAAUUGCUCCCACUAGUUACUCGCGCUGCUACAUUGGCUACA